AUGCAACUUACAAUUAAAGAUGAGCUAAAAGAAAUUAAAAUUUUAAUUGAUGCAGCAAAAAAAUUGAAUAGUUUUAUAGUUAACCAUGACAAAUAUUGUAUUUUACUAAAAGAAACUUUUCUGAAAGUAAAAUUAAAAAAAGAUAAUUCAACAAUAGAAACAAAUAAUCAAAAUAUUUUAAAUCCAAUUAUAUUUGAUACUGAAACGCAUUGGAAUAGUACCUUUUUUCUAUUAGAAAGACUAAUUUAUGUUUCUGAAUUAGCAAAUAAGCUUACUUUAGAUCCUAAUAGAAGCAUUUGUUCUAAUGGUGAUCUUUUGAAAAAUUUAUUACUUAGCUCAGAAAAUUGGAUAGCAUUAGAAGAAUUAAUAUUAUUACUUAGACCUUUUGUAGAUGCAACGAAUAGUUCUGAUGGUGAUCUUUUGAAAAAUUUAUUACUUAGCUCAGAAAAUUGGAUAGCAUUAGAAGAAUUCAUAUUAUUACUUAGACCUUUUGUAGAUGCAACGAAUCUUACUUCAGGUAUCACAAAUCCAACUCUUUCAUUAUGGUAUUCCACUUUACAUUUUUAA